GUCUUAUAACAGACAAAGCCAUAUCAUCGAAUUCACAUUCUUCCUUCUCCAUACCCUUUUUUUUUCAAACCUUGAUCCAAACCAAAAUGAGUGCCACAAACCGCCAUGCUCUUGUUCUGGGCGCUUCGGGCGUCGCCGGAUGGGCCGUGGUGAAUGAGUUGCUGGAAGGAUACCCCGCCAAAGGAACCUUUUCCAAAGUCACCGCCGCUGUCAAUCGCCCUCUCAAGGUGGAGGAGUCAGGAUGGCCCUCCCCAUCUGACAUCGAUUUCAGGCUGAUUUCCGGCGUCAACCUGCGAGAUGGAGGCGAUUUGGUUGAUUCUAUUCCCGAUUUACACAGCGUGACUCAUCUGUACUAUUUUGCCUACCAACAGAACGAUGACCCGCCCACCGAGAUCUCAACGAACCUGACCAUGCUGGAUGGGGUCAUCAAAUCCUUGGCUAAACACGCGGUCGAUUUCCAAUUCGUCGUGGUCCCAACUGGCACUCGCGCCUACGGAUACUACGUCCCCGGGGGCGUCUUCAAGCCACCGUUCCGUGAAGACAUGGGCCGCCUGCCCGAGCCCGAAGGAAGCAAGCUCUUCUACUACGCCAUGGAAGACUAUCUCCACAAAGCCAGUUCCGGCCAACCCUGGACCUGGUGCGAGGUGCGACCCGACGCCAUCAUCGGCUUCACCCCGAACGGCAGCACAUUCAGCCUGGCUGCUCACUGGUAUAACUAUCUCUCCCUGUACGCAGCCGUGGAAGGCCCCGGUGCCUCCAUUCCUUACCCGGGUAACUUGACCGCGUAUAAAUCCCUCUUCAACGGGGCGUCCGCCGACAUCAUCGCCCGGUUCUCCAUCUACGCCUCUCUGCACCCUGAACAGACAGGAAACGGCGAGAUAUACAACAUUGCCGAUGAGGACCGGCCCCAGAGCAUGGAGCACAUCUGGCCGGCUGUUGCGGGCGCGUUUGGCCUGAAAGGCACGCCCCCCGUGGAGAAUCAGGAGCCGCUCUUGCUUCGUCCAAGCGAUUACAUGGCCGUCCAUGGCCAUAAACAGCCUGCGUUUUCGGGUAGCCAAUUGACCAAGGGAAACUGGAUUGAUGAUUUUGGGUCCUGGUAUACGUUUGAUCGGCCCUUGGCUUUGGAUAAAAUCCGGGCUGUGGGUUUCGAUGAACAGCGGGAUGCUGCGGAUGCUUAUGUGAAGACUCUGAAGCUCUUUCAGGCUGCUGAUAAUAAGGGAAAAUAAGAGCUGUCUCUGGAUUGAGUUGUCAGUUUCAGCACCAGCGUAUUGUGAAUAUCUUUGCACAGCUUAGGUUGUUCAUAUGUUGUCCUGCAGUCUCUUAGAUAGUGAACUCACUUACAAUAUCCACCAAAAACAUCGUACGCCAGUUUCAACUCGAAGCAGGGCGGAGCUGAUACAUUGUAGUCUUCAGUGAUAAAGAUUUUCAAAAUAUCCAGAGUUGGAUGAAAUAAGAAGCCUAUAAUGAUGCUAUGAUUCAUGAGUUCUAAGUGAAGUCUUGUUUCUCAAAUAUAAGGUAAAAUAGAAAUAUGUUU